AUGAAGAAAUCACCACGUCAGAGAAAACACGCCUCGCCCCAAUCAGUCGAAUCUUCAACCCAGCCAGCUGUGCCGCACAGACUUCACUUUCAACAAUAUCAGGAUCUACUAUCAUAUCAUGAACUUCCAGAAUGGUAUCAAGAUAAUCCAUUCAUUCACUCGGGCUAUCGCCCUGUCUCAAACUCCGUUCGCAAAUGCUUCGCUAGCUUACUUUAUCUCCACAAUGAAUCAGUCCACAUCUACUCUCAUCUUAUUCCAGCAAUAGCGUUUCUGAUAGCCCAAUGGUGUCUCUACCAAUAUCUCCAAAUGUGGUAUCCAAACACAAUGAUGAGCGAUCAGAUCAUCUUUGCAUUCUUCUUGUUGACAGCAUCCACGUGUCUGGGCCUGUCAGCAAUGUAUCAUACACUGGCGAAUCACUCCCAUGAUGCGUGCAAUAGAUGGCUUCAGCUCGACUUUAUCGGAAUCAUCGUCUUGACACUGGGUGAUUUCAUUUCAGGUAUCCACAUGAUAUUCUAUUGUGAACCGGAUUUGAAACUGGUCUAUUGGGGCAUGAUUUCUAUCCUUAGUCUGAUAUCAGUCAUGAUUCUAGUGAACCCAAAAUUUCAGGGGCAUAGAUGGCGUACCUUUCGUGUUGGGGCGUUCAUAGCUACAGGGCUUUCAGGUAUUGCGCCCCUGGUCCAUGGGGUUAGAGUCUUCGGCUUUAUGCAGAUGAGGCAAUUCGGUAUGACAUUCUACUUGGUUGAAGGCUUGAUUUUAAUUAUUGGUGCUGCUAUCUAUACGGUUUGUUUGUUUGUUUGUCUGCUCCAGGGACUUAAGAUGCUAACUUAUCGCAAGAUGCGAGUACCGGAAUCUCUAAAUCCUGGAAAGUUCGACAUUUUUGGUUCAUCUCACCAGAUAUUUCAUGUUUUGGUCGUACUUGCCACUAUCACUCAGUUCGUGGGGAUUUCGUUAGCGUUCGAUUACAAGCAUCACCAC